GCAUUUUCAUAUCUAUUGUCAGUGUGGGAGUGAAAACUGAAGACGUUACAGAUACGUGUGUGUGUUUGUAUCUGCAGUACAGUAGUUCCUAUAGCAACUGAACACUUUCAAAUCAUUUCUCGAUUGAAGCAUGAACUUGAUGUACUUACCUUUUACUUUAUUGUUAACCUAAACAGUAAUAUGGUUUUUCUUGUAAUAAAAGAAAUCUCCAGUAGGAGUCAUAUUGAGGUGAAGGCCUACCAUCUCACAAUGCAAAGUAAUGAAACAAAGAAUAUACAUUGUAAAAAAAUAAAAAAUAUUACGAACAAAGACAAAAAGCAUUCAAUAAAUAAGUGUUGUUGCUGGUACAUGAGUAUAUUUGUCUGAUUAUUAUGCUUGGAGUUACUGUUAUAAUUUAAUAUUCUAAUAAGUGUUAUCGACCAAUAGUGCAAUAUUAUUCUUUUUACUUCUCUACUUUAAUUCAACAGCUUUAGUUGCUAAUUAUUGAUAAAUAUUCUAUACACACAACAUUUGAUGAGCUUAUUAUAUUGAAUGCACUGUACAAUAAUCAGUGUUUAAAUUGUCUCCUCCUUAACAAACUGCAACAUUAAAAUGCUACUUUCACAUAAAUGCACCUGCAAUAAUGAUAAAAUGAUAUUAUAGAGUAAAUGUAGCUGAUUUACUGAAGUACUUGUACUUAAAUGUACUGUGAGGAACUGUUAACUGGUUAUGGAACAGUCUCAGUUUCCUGAGCUUCUCAUCGCUGCUCCGCUGGUCACCCCACAGCACGUCGUAGGGAAGGGAGGCACGGGAGAACCAGAACCAGGACUCAGCGAGGCCCACUGUCACUGCGCUGCAGUAGAUGGAGAGGUUUCCUAAAGGGAUUUCUGGUGCUGAGAAACACUACCACUUUCGUCAACAGUGGCCGCCUUAAUCAACACAAAAUAAAAGUUCCUCAUAGUAGCUUUAAGUCAAUAAUAAUAUCACUUCUGUAGCUCCCAUGCUUAUCAUAAUGGUUGACUCAAAGAUAUGGCCAUGCUUAGCUUUUUUCUUUCCAGUUUAUUCUCCAAACAGCUGCUAACUGCUCAGUGAUGCACUCGCGUGUCAUCGGUGAUCGAAAUAAGAUGUACAGGGAUGGUAAACGUGUGCUUCCCCUUUAAGAUAAGAUGUACAUAAUCCUAAGGGAGCUCAUUGUCCCUGGGCUACUUCCAUGGACUCAAACCUGCUCUCAGUAGUAUUUGUGUCAGAGAGAGUGGUAAAGAAGUGAUGCUUUACAGUUUGGCACAGAGUCUGACAGAUGCAGUGCCCCGCUGUAAUUACAAUCAACACCAUUCACCCUGUGCGUGCCUUUUAUUAUGACUAUCUGCCGCUGAGAUCAGAGAAUGAAGCAGAGCUUUGGCUGACCGAUAAGGAAGUGGGCCAUAACGCACACAGGUAUGGUACUAGAUCUCCACCUACCUGACAUUUGUCAUUGCUAUGAGUAAAUACAAGAGGGAAUGCUCAGUGGAGAGCUAACAGUAGCCGCUUUGCUUUGAAGGACGACAGGUUCAAGAUUCAAGACUUCAACAUACACCGGACACAGGAUAAUUAUUUAUCCUUUUUUAAUUUACUCUGCUUCAACGCGGUGGAUUUGUGAAUGAGUGGAAACGAACUGGAGAGCUCGGAGGAGAAGAAGGGAGUGUUGGAUCGCCUCAGCCAUUUCUUUAAAAGAAAGAAGAGCAGCAGCAGGCAGCAUUCUUCCUCCGAUGCAAGCUCCCCAAUGUCACCCCAGUCUCUACAGCAGGAGGACGGGCAGAAGAUGCCAACUCCUUCUCGAAAAGACAGCGGUUUAAUGAGGCCUAAUUAUGGAGACUUCAGAGUGGGAGCGGAGCAUGGCGACGCCCUCAGCCAGAGCUCCAAUCCCAGCGCCUCAAGUGUGUCUUCCCUGCUGGCCGAUGAAGCGGAGCUCCCGUUCGCAGACAGCAACAGCAGCGGCCGAAGCAGCGUGAGGGAGGUGCACAUGUGCAGGGUCAGCACAGCUGGUGGUGAGAGGAAUUCUGGGAAUGUGACUCCCACCUCUCUGGACUUUGCUACCGCCACUCAACCGAGAGCUGAUUUGAGCUCAGAACUGGGCUUUGCAGAGUCAGUGGUGGAGGAAGUAAGCAAGAGGCUGCAAGUCAGUUUGGAUGAAAACAGCCGUAAGAGCACAGAGGGGUCCGGUGAAGAUAAGGCAGUCAAUCAGACCACACUGUCGACAUUUAACAUCUCCCUGUCCAAGGUGGCCGAGGCCCCAAUGUCACCUAACCUAACCACCAUAAGCUUAGCAUCAAAGAAGACAUCAGUGAAAGUUGGAGAGAAGGGGCACAGCACCGUGCUGAGAGGGCUAACUUUAGGCUCUCAGUCAUCCACCUCACACCUCGUCACCACCCAAAAGGAAGGCGGGGACUCUCUGGACGUAGCGAGGGAAAACAAGAGGAGGGGUCAGGUGUUCUCUUGGGAUGCCACGACAUGGAGCCCUUCACCUGAGAGCGAGCCAGCUCCCCGAGGUAAUUCUCCCGCCCAACUCCACAAAGCCAUAUGGGUGGAAACGUACAUGGGGCCGGAAGUGGAGAGGGAGGGGGAGAAAGAGCGGGAUGUAACGAAACAAGAAGAGGAGGGCUUCAGAGCCGACUCGCCUCCCGUGCUGGCGAUACCUGUCACAGUGAUUCCUGAGGACGACUCGUUCCCCCAGGCCUCUACCCCCUCAGAGUCCAGUGGCAGCUUGCCAGAGCCAGCCAGCUCCUUGGCACCGACCGCAGGGGAGUUCCAGGCAACCUCACCACAGCCAGCAGAGCCUGACGCCGGCACAGGCUCCAAGCUAAGUUCACACAAGGACAAACCCAGACCCAGAGAAGUUCGGGUCACGCGCAAGACGGUCAACCUGCCUUCGAAAAACAAGGUUUUUGCCCACAAGGUGUACGUGACCCAGGAGCCAGUUUUGGACGGGAGCGAACCAGCGGAAGGGGAGCUCAGCAGAGAUUCAACUACAAAGACUUCAGACACAACAGGAGGGAAAGCACUGGCAAGCCUCCAAAACAACGAUGUGGAAAUCAAGGAAGCCAGACUUGAGCCAAGUACAGACAGGACUACACACUCUGACACAAAUACUCCUGAACCCAUAGUUAAGGAAAAAACAGACUCUGAGGCCUCAGACUUUGAUGAUACCUCUGCAACUUCAGACAUGUACAGAGCAAAGUCACAAGCGGUAGGGUCUGGGUUGAGAGGCCAAGGGACCAACCAGGCUACAGCGUCUAAACGAGGGCUUAAAGCAGCAGCAGAAAGUGGGCAUACCACAGCAAGUGGAGCAAAGACCCCAUCCUCAGCAGCAGGCAGCAAGACCAAAGAUGGAACAACAAAGGCUAAGGCCUCCACAGAGAGCACCAGGUUGGGAAUGUCCAGUGAUAUGCCACCACAGAGGGAACCUAGCAAUGAUAAAACAGUUUCUAUGUUACAAACAUUAAAAGACCAAAUCACCGGUCCCUCAAGUUCAAAGUCUAAAAUCCCCAAAAGGUCAGCAUCAGAUGCUGAUGUGAAAUCACCAGUGACACCUGAUAAACCAUCAGCGCCUGACGCCUCUGGGUCAGUGGUCACUUCCAAACUGCAGAAACAACCCAGAAGCAAAGAAGCUUUGAAAUCUCCGCUCACUGCCACCAAAGCUGGCAGGAAACAAAGUUUUGAAGAGAAAGCUCCAUUAGGAGACAUUUCUCCCACUAAAACAACACACAAGAUAGGAACAAAGCUUAUUAAGGAAAAAACAGAUGAGGUCAGUGACUCUAUAAAGCUGGUAGAUGGUGUGGAGAGAGACUACGGGGAGGGUAGUAUUAGAACAGGACACCCAACUGACAGGGAGGACCUUGGUGUCAAAAGACAAGGGCAAACCCGUCUGGAGAAUAAUGCCUCCUUGGCAUCAAAGACUCGGUUGCCCAUUUCAUCUCCGACAAGAAAGAGGAACGACGCGAUAACUCAAACAAGUGGCACCAACGAUAACAAAACGACGUCUGGUCAGACGGAUUCAGACAGAUCCAGCACAGUCCAGAAGCAGAGUCCAGAGCAGCGAGAAGUAACUCCUGGCAGUGAGACGCCUCCCCCGCUCUCUGAAAGUCCCAAGAGAGGAAGCAUGCUGGAAACCAGACCAUCCAAACACCUCUCUAAAAGAAGCCUUAGCCAUGAAGAGAGUGACGCACCCACCUUGUGUGUCUCUCCAUCUUCCACCAAGCAAGAGAAAAAUGUCUCAUCGAGGCUCUCCAAACAGAGCGACAACAUUAAGCACCACAAAAGUCCAGUAAAGGAUUGCGCUGAUCCCUCAUCAUCUGUUAGCAAGCUUCCUGCAAGGAGUCAGAGAAGCUCCAACAAAGAACAAUCCAGAAAACAUUCACCGACUGAGAAUUUUGCAAGCAUAUCCACAUCUAAACAAGGGGACUCAAAUCAGGACACUAACAAGAAGACAGCUGUCACAGCAUCUAAGAGUGUCAUGGCAGAUCAAGCGAAGGACAAUGCCAGUGGUGACAUACUUAAAGUCAAGUCUCUGUCUCCAAAGGAACAAGAGCGAGUAAUAAAAGUCACAGACAGUCAGUCCGGUGCCAGUGGAAACAAGCUAAAAGGAAAAGAGACAAAAGAAUUACAGGAGAGCAUAACCAGUCCUGCAACUAAGGAGAUUUCAAAAGUCCAUCAAACACAAAACAACAAUGCCAUUAUUUUAGAAAACACUCGAGUAAAUGUUUCACCAGUAACAGGCCCGGGGGCUGAGGUAUUGCCUAGCAGUGAGGUUGCCAAGGCAAGUCCAUCUCAGUCGCCGGUUACUGAUGUAAAUGACGGUAAGAUUGAUUGCCAGCUUGGGACCAAACAACCAACAAAAGUUGAGUCUCAGAUUCAAAGUGACAACACCACACAGGAACAAGAAACAUUAAUUUCACCAAAGAUUUGUCCAGAAGAAGUAAAAGAGAAAGACAUUUUAGAGAAAACAAAGCUAAAAGGUGACAGAAAAACAGAUUUAAUCCAGGAGAGAGGCCUUCCAGAGCUCAAUCUCAUCUCCGCUCAUGAGGAUGUAACUGAUAUGUCACCCAAACCUGUUGUGCUUGAAAGCACUCCCUGUGACAUAAUGACCCCCUCUGAUCAGGAAGGUGUUUUGCUCGGUAGUGUUUCCCUUAAAGAAACAAAAAAGGUAAUUUCUGAGGAAUACAACAGCAGAAAUAUUCUUUCUGCUGAAUUGGCAUCAAAAGAUCAAGAUGCUGAGCCAAGAGAUGGUAUGUUAGCUACUUCCAUUGCUGUUUCAGUUGACGCUAACUUGGCCAAUAUAGAGCAGCAAAAAGAGUUAUCGAAGGAUCAAACAAAAAAUAUAAUUCUUAAAAAUGAUAGAUUGCCCACAUUAAGCAGAAAAUUAGUAAAAGAUUUUGAGGUGGAGAAGAAGAGUAAAGAGGAGGUUGGCAGGAAACCAGCAGAAGUUUUGGACAUUCAAACACAGACUAUGACUGUUUGUGAACUGCCCAAGAAUGUUGAAAAUCAGCCAGACAAAGAGCCUCUUUUACUGGCUGGAGAAUUUGAAAGACAGAAGAAAGACUUGAAAUCACAUGAAAAGCUGAACAACACAGCUCUGGAAAGCACUGACUCAAAGGACAGUUGCAAAAAGGAGCUAAAGGGCAUAACUAUCGAGGAUGAAGCAAAGAAAGAAAUUACAAAAACACAGAAGCCGACAGAUCUAUCUUCAGAGGAGAAAUGUUUACAACCUGACUCAGAGGACGGACCACAGACGGUAGUUACGGGUGCCCUGGAGGUGAAGAAGACAGAGGCAGAGCAAGCAAGAAGUGCACUCCAUGAAAAUACGGCCAGUGUGGUUGUUAAAAAGCAGGAAUGUGAGAUAUUCUUAAAAGAAAAUGCAAAGAGUGGUGAUAAGGAAACAGAUCAGCAGCGGAAGACACAAACUGUGACAAAUGAACUGGAACCCAAAGUAGUUCUUGCCAAAGAUGAGAAGGUCAGGGAUAAGGAAGCAAAUCAGGGGGACAAACACACUGACGUUGAAAAGAAAAGUCCAACACCAGAACUAAAAGCUGUAAGCACUAAAACUACUACUACUAAAGAAGAGAGUAAAACAAAGGACUUAUUGAUGAAGAAUUUACCAAAUGAGGCUUCAAAUGAGACUGCUGGUUCUGAAGUUAGGAGCCACAAAGAACAGAAAACCUUGAUUACUAGAGACCAAGACGAGAACAUUAAAAAGAGGAAAGUAGAGGAAAAUGCUCAUAGAUCAGCAGAAUCCAAAUGUCCAAAUGCUGACAUAAAACAGAAACCUGUGACAGAAAAAGCUCCAGAGAAGGCAACAGAAAGCCACAUUUUACAGAUGGAUACACCUCAAGAUCUAAAAGCAGCAAGCAGUGAAACCCAGAGUGCUGAAUGUGCUAAGGAAGAGACUGAAACAAAGGAGUUAUCAGUAAAGAGUUUGAUGAAUGAGACUGCAAUUACUAGUGCUAACAGUAAAGUUAACAUCCAACAAGACCAGAUGUCCAUACUUGUCAGAGAUCAACAUGAGGACAUAAACAAACAAGUUGUAAGCAAAUCAACAGAAUCCAUACAGCCAAAUACUGACCUAAAACAGAAACUGGAAAGAACAGAAGCUCCAGACAAGAUCUCAGAAAGCCAACUUCAGGAAGUACAAGUUAAAGCCACCAAAACUCAGAGUGCUACCAAAACUCAGAGUGCUGAUGGAGCUAAAGAGAAGACUGAAACAAAGGAUUCACUAAUAAAGAGUUUGGUGAAUGAGAUUGUAAUUGAGAAUGCUAACGCUGAAGUUAGCACCCAAACGGCCCUGAAGCUCUCAAUCAGAGAUGAAAAUGUGAAAACAGAGGAAAACAUUGAUCAAUCCACAGAUGUCAAAGCUUUAACUGCUAACCCUGUUGUUGUCACUGCUGACAAGGCAGCCAGUAAGGCUUAUAAGAAACCCAAGAAAAGAAAAGAAAUGAAAGAGGGCGUAGGAGUUGAAAAUAUUUUGACAAAGCAGGAGGAUCAGCAGAUAACAGAAUCAAAGAUAGACACCAAGCAAGACUCAGAAUGCAUUUUUGUAAAAGAUGCAUCAACCAACAAAGGUGGUGGAGAACAAAAGAAGCCCACUGUUGUUCCAGAUAAAAUACUUAACAGCACUGAUGCUCAGAAGAAUACUGAUGACACCAAAGAAAAAAACAAAACACAGAGCGGUUUGAAACAGGAACUUGCGUCUUUAAGAGAAGAGAAAACCAUAAACCUCAGUGGACCACAUAAGCCUGCAAAGCCAACACUCAAUGGCAAUUUGUCUCUUUCCGCGACAGCUGAACCACCCGCAACAUCUAAACAUCUUCAGCUGAAAAAGGAAUCUCCAUCGAGCUGGUUAGAUGUGCAGCAUCAAAAACAGAAGAAGGAACCUAAAAGAAAAAAACUAAAUGCCUCAGCCAGUGAGGAUAGAUCUCUUGAGCCUGAUAACUUUGAUGAUUUUAUCAGGACCAUUAAGGAGAGCAGCAUUCCCUUCUCACUACCGCCAAAGAGACAUAUUCGUAACAAGUCCCUGUCUCCACCCAUGCAGGCCAUAAAGGAGGACCAUUUUGAGAGGACAUUUGAUCCAGAAGAAUUCCAGUUUGGCUUAAGAAAUACUGGCAAAAUAUUUCGGGAUCCUUCCCCAGCUAUGGUGAUUAAACAAAAGGCAGCUAAUAGGAGGGGACGGACCCUGGAAAAACAUGCACAAGAUGCUAUGGACACAUCUAGAGACCAAAUGAAAUCACUUGGUGAGGUGGAAGGCAAAAAUGGAGCCAAUGAGGAGACAAAGACUGAAGCAGGAAAAGAAGAGGCUGGGAAGCUGACGUCACGACUUGGAAGGAUGUCCAUCCUCUCCGGCUUACUGAGUUCCCCUCGGUCCUCCAGGAAGACCAGACAGGAAACUGCCUCCACCUCAGAAAGCACACCUUCUAACCAGCAACAGGGCUUGCUCUCGCUUAGAAAGCAGGGAGUUGUUGAUUCACCUCCGCCUGCAGUUGAAGCAGAUAAGAAGGGCCUGAAGGGUAUAGAUCAAGGCCCACUUACAGUUAGUGAGUCAGCACUCAACCCCUCCUCUCCUCCUCCUCCUCUGCCACUCCCGAAGAUAAAGCUGCCUGAUCAUUUAGAGAAAUACCUCAAGAAGAACAAAUCUGUUUCUGAGACCUCCGUGGGCUCUACACAGAUGACUAAAACUGAACUGAACCCCGAGGGUACUGUGAUGGACCCGGCCUCGAUAUUGGGAGUACCUAAUGUGAAUGUUGGCCUGAAGGGCCCCGCAGGACUGCCUCCAGCCGGAAACAACAGCCAGCAGACUUCUCCAAAUGGACUUACUACUUCUAAGCCUAAGAUACCUGCAGUCAGAGGGUUCCACAAAAGACCUGGAAAGAUUGUCAUUCACGAGGGUGCUCAGUUUGGAGGGCGGCCGUUUGAACUCCACUGUGAUUUAGAGGAUGCCACCACAAUGAAGCUGUCCCCUGUCAUCUCAGUCACAGUGGUCAGAGGAUGCUGGCUCCUCUAUGAGAAGCCGGGCUUCCAGGGUCGUAUCAUCGCCCUCGAGGAAGGUCCUACAGAGCACAUAGUGAACAUGUGGGCAGAGGAGGGAACUCCAACGACACUAGACCAGAUGAGUCAGCCUGUACCAACAGCACCUAUGGUCAUAGGCUCUCUUCGAUUGGCCGUUAGAGACUAUAGCGUACCCCGGAUCGACCUGUUUGCAGAGGUGAACGGAUUGGGGAGGGUGUCAUCGUACUGUGACGGGGCUGUAGAGAUCGGCUCCUACGGGAUGCCACAGACCACCGGCUCCAUCAAGGUUCAUUCUGGGGUCUGGCUGGUGUACACCAACCCGGGCUUUGGGGGUUUUGUUGGAGUGCUGGAGGUGGGGGAGUAUUCCUGCCCACAGAACUGGGGGUUCCCUGAGCCCUUCAUCGGUUCUAUCAGACCCCUCCGAUUGGGACCAAUAAGGGUAGAGCGUCCUCACGAAUUCAAGGCCCUAGUGUUUGAGAAGCCCAACUUUGAUGGAGAGUGCAGAGAGGUCGACAGUGAUGUGUACAACCUGCAAGAAGAAGCAGAAGAGGAGCAAACAGGCAAGCCAGACGAGAAGAAGAGGACGGUGUCUACAGUGGGGUCUAUAAAGAUACUUGGUGGUCUCUGGGUGGGCUAUCUGGAGGCAGACUUCGAAGGCCAGCAGUACAUCCUGGAGGAGGGGGAGUAUCCUCACUGCAGUGACUGGGGAGGGUCUGAGGAUGGGCUGCUGUCACUUCGGCCUGUAGGACCAGAUUUCCAGUCCCCUCACGUGAAACUGUUCAGUGAGCGACGCUUUGACGAACUGGGGAUGAAUGUGGACCUGCUGGGUCCCGUCCCCAGCAUGGAGGACUUCGCCCACCGCGGCAAAACUCAGUCUGUCAACGUCAUGGGUGGAGUGUGGGUGGGCUUUGAGAAUCCUGGAUUCAGCGGAGAGCUCUACGUCCUGGAGAGAGGCCUGUAUGCAGGCCCAGAGGACUGGGGAGCCUCGAACUUCAAGAUCUCAUCCAUACAGCCGGUCUUCCAUGACGCAAUGAUGGGAACAACCAAAUUCAAGAUGCAGCUGUAUUCUGAGCCAGACUUCCAGGGAAGGCUGGUGGCUCUGGAGGACAGCGCAGCAGCUCUGGAUGAGGACUUCAUACCCAAGUCCUGUAAGGUGCUGGCUGGCAGCUGGGUGGUAUAUACAGGAGCCCAGUUCACAGACGACAUGUACGUGUUGGAGGAGGGAGACUACCCCAGCACGGAGGCCAUGGGCUUCCUGUCUUCAGACGAUCCCAUUCGCUCCAUACAGACCGCUGGACGCGAGUUGUCUCUGCCCUCCAUCGUCUUGUUCAGUAAGGCGGGCUGCAGAGGACGCAGAGUGCCGCUGACGGGUGGAGCUGUGAACCUGCUGCAGGCCGGCCUGGACACCCGCAUCCGCUCUGUGGUGGUGGAGGGAGGAAUGUGGGUGUUGUAUGAAGGCAGUAACUACCGCGGUCGACAGCUGCUUCUCCAGCCAGGUGAAGUGGUUGAUCUGUGGAAGUUCAGCGGCAGGCAGCUAAUAGGAUCCCUACGUCCAUUAUUCCAGAAGCAGACGUACUUCCGUCUGCGGAACACAGAGACGGGAUGCGUGAUGUCCCUGACGGGGACUUUGGACGACAUCACGCUGAUGAGGGUUCAGGCUGUGGAGGAGACGGGAGGGUUAGAGCAGGUCUGGAUCUAUCGCGACGGGCAGCUCACCUGCAAGCUGGUCGAGGACUGCCGCCUGGAGACCUCAGGCAGUAUGGUGAUGGAGGGCAGCAGGCUUCGAGUGACCGCGGAGCGAGGCAAAGGCAACCACCUGUGGAACAUCACCCCAGAUGGCCGCGUGCACUGCCACCUCAAACCUGACCUGGUCCUGGAGGUCAAAGGUGGUCAUCAGUAUGACAAGAACCAGGUGAUCCUCAGCACCUGUGACCAGAGAAAACUGAACCAAAACUGGACCUUGGAUCUCCUGUGAUCUGAGCCCCCUCGCCCUGAACCCUGUGAUGCAGCCCCACCGUGGGACCCACACCACAUGGAGCCAGUCGGGGGUUUUGCGCAAUCACUGCACCUUUUCUGUAGAAUUAUGACUGUUUGCUCUUGUUGAGUCAUCCUUUGACUGGAUCAACAAUAGAACUAUUCUCAUAGUGGAUGAAUUAGUAGUGUAAACAAUAUUGCUUAAUUUGUGCCACUUUACUUUGAACACUAUCGACUCCAUGUUUUCACUGCAUGUAUGAGAACUUGGCCCUGUUUCAAUGCUGCAUACCUCUCUUUACUGAAUAGUACUUUUCCAAUGCAUGUUUUCAGAACAUAAUGUUGGCAAAUAUGAAUGUAUAGAGUAUAUUGACAGCUGCAUUAUGAAAUCCGAUGUGCCUACACUCCUUCAGGUUUUAUUUUAGUCAUUACUGUGGAUCAAAAAUGAUCUAUUGUAAAAUGUAAACUAUCUUUUUAGGACACGAUAUGUUUUACACAAACUGUACUUUACUGCAUCAGGUUGUACAUAAGCCUCGAGUGUAUAGAUUCGAGUUUAAAUUUCAUAACGGAACUGCAAUAACAAUGCUGCCCACUGUGGAUUGUAAAUAUUUGAAUGUAGAAGAGAAAACUGUUACACAUGAAAAUAACAAUGCUAUUUUCUGAUUGUCUUUUUUAGAAAAUAAAACAGUCUUUCUUUAGACUUUAGCUACCUCUUUGUGUGAAACUUUGUUAGAGUAGCUCAUAUUUCUCUGAUCAGGUCCAUGGGGUUGGGGUGGAAUGGCUCUCACCAGAGCAAGAUACUUGUGGCACUAACAAGAUCCACUAAUCACUAGUGGAGAGAACACCACACUCGUCCACGUCUCCCAGACUGCACAUCUCCUCACCAAACGAUGUGCAGCUGAUCCUGAAGUCUCUGCUCAUCAAUACUCACCACCAGCAGAGCCAACUUCACUGGACUAAUCUAAACCUGGUCCAUCAAGUCAGGACGAGCCCCCAUGUUACAACCCGACUCACAGGCUGCAACAUGAAGGGAGACCAGACGAGUUCAAGGUAAUAAAUACACUUAUUUAAAGAACACAAAGUAAACUAAACAAACAUGCAGAGUCAGCCCAGGAAGAGCCAAGAUCCCGGUUCAGGUGCUGAGUCUUGACAGCUGGAACUCCCAUCAGGGAGUUAUUUGUUUUUUUUAAUAAUGAAAUAUUAUUUUCUCGUGUUCAUAUUAUCAUCAUUUUAUAACAGGCCUGAGCCUUUCGAGUUAGACAUUUUAUGCAUUGUACAAACAUUCACAUGUAAAUCCUCAUGAAGUGAAUUGGAGGAGAGCUUCUGGAGCAUUCCAGUCCAAUGUGACACUUCUCUGUUGGACUAAUCCACAUAGAUCGUUGGGUGAAUGAUUCAGCAGCGACUGCUAUACAUUUAUGAAGCUGCCCUUUUUGUUUUCCACAGAAAUGAUUCUGAACAUUUAUUUUUACUCGUGUUGUGGGUCUUUUUCUUGGAUCCAAUGAAACAGUAUGCAUCUUCUUGCUCGGAAAGAAGUUUCUUUAGACUCCUGUUUGGAUGAGGAGCUUCACAGAUAUUACAUUUCAGAAUUGUACUCGACUCCUUUGUUAUACGUCACCAGAACGUAGUGAUUUUAGAACAGUCCAUAAAACUGUAUAGAAGUUCAAACUGACAGAGCGGAUCUGCGGGGGUCAAUCGUGUUUAACAUUUGAGGUGUUCUGUGUUGUCUGUGUAGAAUCCAAUAUUGUAUUUCCUUAAAUCCAUUACACAGAAAGAGGGAUAUGUGUGUGUGUAAUAUAUCUAUAUCUAUCUAUAUCUAUAUCUAUAUAUAUCCAGUAUACUACAUGAGGUAGAAGGAAAACAAUAAAAGCUCAAGUGAAAUCCAGUAAAUGCACGACUUGAAAUU